AUGGGUGACUACGUUAAAGUUUUCCAGGACGAAUUGAAAACUUUGGAUCAAAAAUUUGCCGGAAACGGUUUGCUGCAACAAUUUGAGGCGAAAACCAAAUUGCCAAAAUCAUAUGGAGUUUUGGGCGCAGCUUCUUUGUAUUUGCUGUUGAUUUUCAUCAAUGUGGGUGGAAUCGGUGAGAUUUUGUCAAAUUUCGUGGGAUUCGUGGUUCCUGCGUAUUACUCCCUGAUUGCACUCAGAACUUCUACGUCGACUGAUGACACGGAACUGUUGACCUACUGGGUAGUUUUUGCGUUUUUGAACGUUAUUGAGUUCUGGUCAAAGGCCAUCCUUUACUGGAUUCCAUUCUACUGGUUCCUCAAGACCCUGUUGUUGGUCUACUUGGCUUUGCCACAAACUAAUGGUGCCACAUACGUGUACAAGACGAUCUUGGAACCGGUUUCUCAGAAAUACAUCAAGACUCCAAACUCCGCUAAGACCACCACCGGUGACAUCGGCUCUAAGGUGGAGAAUUUGACGUCACACGGCAAAGCUUCUGGAUUCGAUCCUCGUUCAAUCUAA